GGCGUUUAAAGAUCAAAGAUUUUGUAAACAAAAUAAUCAACCGGCAUGUUUCCCUGCAUCAGCAACCUUCUAAUUUACUCUCAGGAAUUCGGAUCUGAGUUGAGAAUCGAGAUCGGAGAAGAGUUGCUUCUUCGCCACCGUUUGCGAUUCGGAGAUCGAGCUCGUCCGUUCGUUUCAUGAAGAAGAAACGGAUGAUCCACUUUGCCUCACCUCAGUACAUAUGUACAUAUGAGUCAUGACCCUCUAGUUGUCUGCUGACACCCUCGAUUGAGGAAUUGCCCCUGGAGGCGGCGCGGUUGCCUGACCAAGGGCACGUCAACCCAAGUUUGACCUCGGCUCCAUCAAGAUUGACCACCUGGAGCGAGUUUGCAUCAAGAGCCUAUUCUGGUGAAUCAUUCUCUGCCAGAGCACCCACCACCUUGAAAGGCUUCCAGAUGCAGAGUGCGAGCAGCAGAAUUAACCUCAGGAUCUGGUCACAAGACCAAGUAUGAGAAAACUUGUGCCCACCUCAUCAAUGCACUCUCAGAGUUUGAGAAUUGAAGAGAAAUGUCUCGUAGAAGAGACCUCGCAGGUUCUGCUGGAAAUUGUGCAUGGAAAAAGCACUGAAGGAUCUUUGCUCUAUGGAGGGCUCAUAAAAACCACACGGAGGAAUUUGCAAUCUGAAUGGAAAUGCUGCUGGAAAAAAACUCAUUGGAGACUGGCUGCGCAGUCACUCUCCCAGGAAAAACCUUAUGGAAAUGGCAAAGUUUGGACCGAUUAAAACAAAUAACUCUAAGAAGCUUUGAAAGUAAAGUUAUUUUUAAAUGAGUUUAAUUUCAAUAAAGCAAAAUUGGUUUGGCGCCAGUCAUUUUGCUACUUAAUUUAAUAAGUUUUACCGCUGCUGACCAUGUUCGAAGUCGCUUUUGUCUUUUUGCCGCUGCGACCACUGACAAAGUUAAUUUUGUGUGAAUGCAAUUUUCGAAUGAUUAAAUCAAAUUUCUUUGAUUCUUUGGUUAUAAAUAAUUCUUGGCGCGGCAGCUAUUUAAGCUGUAUAGACAGCUCUAUAAUAACAUUGGUUGAUUCUUCCCCUCUGUAGACUUCCACCUCCAGUAUCUCUCCCCUCUGCUAGUCAAAAAGAGACAAGAGGCAGAAGCCAGAUUCAAUCAGAGACAAACGAAAAUUGAAUGAUGGAGCAGCAAACUCUGCGAAUUCUCACGGAGACGGACGAAUUGAAGUACGUUGCGGCCUCCAGCAUUGUCAAACACUUCCAACACGAAACCCUGAACAUCCAGAACAUCAGGAAGGGCGAUGAUGUUCUGGUUUGGAACGGCGAAUUCAAGAAAGGGUCAGCGGGCGAUUUGAUCAAAGAUGAGUACAGGGCCAUGGUGGUUCAGCCCCCUGCUGUUCUUGCAGCAGGCGAAUCGUCUGCUUCGACGGCCACGACUUCUGCCAACCCCCAAGUGUUUGCUGUAGGACGUGCUGGGGGUUCAGCUUCCACCUCGAACAUGUUGCCCGAGACUGCUGCUGAGCCGUGCACAUCGGGCUGCUCGGCUGACAACACAAAGGACGACCAGGACAUGUUGUGCGGCUUCACUAGAGAAUUUGCGAGAAAUCAAUUCAAAGCGGGCCUUUCCCUGACCAUCCCGCAUUUGGCCAGACGGUUGUCACCGGCGAAUGCGCAGAAUGAGACCGCUAAGACUGUAGUUACGGAUUCAUGUCGUGACGAGGGUCCGCCUUUCCCUGCUUCUGCCGAAGAGGCUUCCUUGGAGGCUUCGUCCGACAGCUCGGACGAAUCGGAGCCGUCCGACCUUUCUGACUCGGACGAUCCCUCUGCUCCAUUGCUGGGCAAGAAGACUGAUGUUGAGAAGCAACGGGAAGAGCCAAGCCACUCAAAAGCUGGAGAGUCCCCUGGCAAAGCCAAAAUGGCGGCAAGGAAGCAAAAAAAAUUGAGUUUAGGUAAGAGGAUUCAACUGAAAGCCGUGAAGAGUCUCGUCCUUGACAACAACCUGAACCUGCAAAAUGUGGUGGCGACGGCCACCAGCACAGACUCGGACGUCUACCACGAUAGUGCCCUCUUCGACUUGGCGUUUGCUUCAAGAACAAAUAAAAGUAAAUCGACAGCUCGAACUCAGGAACUGAUGCGUCGAUUCUGCAAAUGGAUUUGCACUCACGCCGAAUUUGAGGAGCUGAGGCAAGAACAGGGCUUCCAGGUUCCAGAGGAAGAAGUGGUUCACAAGAGGGAGCGCGUCAAGAAAUUUGCUGGAGGGUCUUCUGACAACAUCUCGACGCGAAGGUCACCUAGACUCAACCCUGACAGCGCCGAGCCAGCUCCAGCUCAAACCACUUCGGCCAACGAACUGUUGCUCACACCCACCAAGACCAAGAAGAAGCCCAAGGCCCUGGCUGCAACGGCCGCCUCUGGUUCUCGACUUGCGUAAACAAAGCGGUGUCCAACUCAAAACGACUACAGCUGCAGCGGAUGGACGUCAAAAUUCCGCAAGUCUGGAACACUUUGGUUGUAUCGGUUGGGUCAUCUUUCCCACCACUGGAGGGCAAUCGACUCCAUUUGUGGCCGCAAUUCCAAAAUUCUUCUAUUGUUUAAUAUGAUAACUUUUAUGGAAUGACGUGACCUAAUCAACUGACUGAUCAAUGUGUUUUUUCUGCAAAUCAGUUUACUAUAAUUAAUUUGUGCGUUCGAAUGUCAAUUUAGUUAACUCAAUUUCUCAGCUUAAGUUAUUUCUCAUUAAAUCUCUGUACUGUUUAAAACUUAGUUAAUUUUUUAAUUCUGAAUUGAAUCGUUUUACUGAAAAAUCAUUUGUAUUGUUGCACUUAAAUCUUUAAUGUUGGACCGCUAUAAUUAUUUAUAAAAAAUGUAUUUGAAAUAAUGAACUGAUUUUUUACUUGCACUUGAUUAUUGAAUAAUCUUUAAUUUG